AUGGCCUUAGACAAAAACCCAAUAAGUCCAAAAACUUCAUCACCCUCUAGUGCAAGGCUAUGGGAAGAAAGAAUAAGCAAUGUGUUCAAGAAAGAAUCUGAAAUUCAUUUUGAUCAUCUCCCACCCCUUUGUGUUUUCCAAGUCCCAAAACUUUUGAUCCAUCAAAACCCACAAGCUUACACUCCUCAAUUAGUAGGCAUGGGGCCUUACCAUCAUCUCAUGCCUGAGCUCUAUCACAUGGAGAGGUACAAGCUUGCAGCCAUUAAACAGAUUCUUGACCCCUCACAAAUCCUCAACUUUCAACACAUUGUUGUUGAUAAGUUGAAGCAAAUGGACCCCAUGAUUCGUGCGUGUUACAGCAGGUUCAUGGACCUCCAAGAAGGCACUUUGGCUUGGAUUAUCGCCAUUGAUGGCUUGUUCUUGAUCCACGUUUUGCAUACCCUUUCGUCCUAUGAUGAUUUUCGAGGUAGUGGAUGUCUGAGUGGUGACAAUAUUCUCACUCGGGACAUAAUCCUCCUCGAGAAUCAGAUUCCUGUCGUUCUUCUUAAAGAAAUCUUGAACCUGGUUGAACUGUCAUCACCUUUCGAUGAAGUAUUCUUGAUGUUGUUGAGGUUUUGCGAGGCGCAUUCGCCGUUGAAAAUCUCAAUGGAAUCGAGGAAUUUCUUCAAUGAUUCCCGACAACCUCUGCAUCUGCUAGAUCUCAUGUACCAUUUGAUUGUCAAGGAUAAAAGUCCAGAAUCCUGCGUUGAGGUUCCAAUACAGGAGAUACAAAAAGGCAGCCCUGAAACCAAGUUGAUUGUCAAUGAAGAAGACGACGACGACCAAGAUCAAGACAUGUUCGAAAGCUUUGAGGAAAUUAUAGAUUUUGUGGAAUCUGUGGGUCCUAAACCCACUCGAAUGAUUAUAAAGCCGGUUAAGGAUGUGACAAACGUGAUUCCAUGGACCACCAUUUCAGGUCUGUUCAGGACAGCCACAAAGAUCGAUGGAGACGAUGAAGAUGAGAUAACAAUCCCUUCAGUGGCGUCCUUAUGGCGCUACGCUCGUGUCAAAUGCUCACCAAUUCUGCAAGGAGGGAGCAUCUGCAACAUCGAAUUCGACGAACACGAAGCCACCCUUUACCUCCCAGUCAUCACUCUAAACUCAUGCUCGGAAGUUAUACUGAGAAACCUCGUAGCAUACGAGGCUUCCAUGCUCAAAUCAACCUUGGAAUUCGCGAGGUACGUGAAUCUGAUGAAUGGGAUUGUGGACACUGCAGAGGAUGUUAGGAUGCUUAGGCAAAAUGGGGUCAUCAAGGGCACUUCUACUCUCAGUGACCAAGAAACUGCGGACCUUUUCAAUGGUAUGAAAAGGUUUUUCACGAAACCAGAUAAGAGAUCCAACAUUGAGGUUGCCAUCAAGAAGGUGAAUGAGUACUAUGAUAGGAGGAUGAUUGUGAGGUUGUAUAGGAGGAUGAAGAAAAAUGCAGAUGUCUCAUGGAAGAUUUUAGCUCUUGUUUCAUUCAUUUUAACCCUAGCAAUGUUGGCUUUCCAAACAUUUUGUGAGUCCUUCAGUUGCAGCAGAUUUUGGGGGGCUUAA